UUUUUUUUUUUUUUUUAAUUGCAAGCAUAUUUCUUUUAAUGACUCCAGUAAAAUUAAGCUUCAAGUAAACAAAAGUGGAAAGCGACCUACUCUUUUAACUUGUCUCACUAGUGCCUAAAUGUAGUAAAGGCUGCUUGAGUUUUGUAUGUAGUUGGAUUUUUUUGGAGUCCGAAGGUAUCCAUCUACAGUCAUUGAGACCCAAGUUGAAUUUGGAUUCAAGUGGAUUUGAAAUACUUCUGCCAUCUUGAAGAGAAGCUUCCUAAGGAGUAAACAGGUUGCAUAGAGAAAACACUGAUUAAUAAUAGGCAUUCUAGUGGUCUUUUUAAUGUUUUCUGCUGUGAAACAUUUCAAGAUUUGUUGAUUUUUUUUUUUUUUUUUAAUUUCCCCCAUCACACUCACAUACAUACGCACGCUCACUUUUUAUUUGCCAUAAUGAACCGUCCAGCCCCUGUGGAGAUCUCCUAUGAGAACAUGCGUUUUCUGAUAACUCACAACCCUACCAAUGCUACCCUCAACAAGUUCACAGAGGAACUUAAGAAGUAUGGAGUGACAACUUUGGUUCGAGUUUGUGAUGCUACGUAUGAUAAAGCUCCAGUUGAAAAAGAAGGAAUCCACGUUCUAGAUUGGCCAUUUGAUGAUGGAGCUCCACCUCCUAAUCAGAUCGUAGAUGAUUGGCUAAACCUUUUAAAAACCAAAUUUCGUGAAGAGCCAGGUUGUUGUGUUGCAGUGCAUUGUGUUGCAGGAUUAGGAAGGGCACCUGUACUGGUUGCACUUGCUUUGAUUGAAUGUGGAAUGAAGUAUGAAGAUGCUGUUCAGUUUAUAAGACAGAAAAGAAGGGGAGCAUUCAAUUCCAAACAGCUGCUUUACCUGGAGAAAUACCGACCUAAGAUGCGAUUACGCUUCAGAGAUACCAAUGGGCAUUGCUGUGUUCAGUAGAAAGAAAUGUAAAUGAAGGCUGACUUGGUUGUGACAUUUAGAGGGAACUCGUGGUACCUGGAAAUGUGAAUCUGGAAUCUUAACUGUGUCAUCAAAGUAGUGAUGGAUUCAGUACUCCUCAACCACUCUCCUAAUGAUUGGAUAAUAAGCAAACAAAAAAGAAAUCCCUCUAUAAUGUGGUGAAUAAAAUGUGUAAGAAAGGAAAAAGGGA